AUGUUCGCAGCGGCGCCCUCCUCCACCUACCUCAACCCCAAGCCCACCAUCCUUCCCUCCUCUGCCCGCACCCUAUCCCCACCCAUCACCUCCGCCACCGCCUCCAGCAGCCGCCGCCCAAUCGUCAAGUGCCACCUGUCAUCGCCUUCUUCUUCCUCUUCCUCACCCCUUUCCCAAAACCCUAAACCCUCCUCCACCCACCUCAAAACCCUCUCCAAAGCCCUUGCAGCAGCGUCCACAGUCACCCUUAUCUUCAAUUUAGGAUCUUUCAACGGUAACGGCAAUUCUGGCGGCGGAGGAGGUGGGUUUGGGGGCGGAGGCGGAGAUGGGUUCGGCGGUGGAGGCGGAGAUGGGUUCGGUGGGUUCUGGAGGAGGCUUUUGUUUGGGUCGCAGACGGCCAUGGCGGACGAGCCACAGUCCCAAGAGUGGGACUCGCAUGGGUUACCAGCCAACAUUGUCGUUCAGCUCAACAAGCUCAGUGGAUUCAAGAAAUACAAGGUCUCAGAGAUCUUUUUCUUUGAUCGGAGACGGUGGACCACAGUGGGCAGCGAUGACUCGUUCUUCGAGAUGGUGUCUUUGAGAGCCGGAUCGGUUUACACCAAAGCCCAGUUGCAGAAAGAGCUUGAGUCUUUAGCCAAUUGCGGUAUGUUCGAGAAGGUCGACUUGGAAGGCAAAACCAACCCAGAUGGGACUCUGGGUGUGACGAUUUCGUUUACAGAGAGUACAUGGCAGUCGGCUGAUAAGUUUCGAUGCAUCAAUGUGGGUCUAAUGCCGCAGUCCAAGCCCAGCGAAAUGGACCCGGAUAUGACUGAUAAGGAAAAGCUCGAGUAUUUUAGGAACCAAGAGAAGGAUUAUAAGAGAAGGAUUGAUAGGGCGAGGCCCUGUUUGUUGCCAGCUCCUGUGCAGAGAGAGGUGUUGCUGAUGUUGAGAGAACAAGGGAAAGUGAGUGCUAGGCUGUUGCAGAAGAUAAGGGACCGGGUUCAGAAGUGGUACCAGGAUGAAGGGUAUGCAUGUGCCCAGGUUGUGAAUUUUGGGAACUUGAACACCAAGGAGGUGGUUUGUGAAGUUGUAGAAGGGGAUAUCACGCAGCUGCUUAUUCAGUUCCAGGAUAAACUUGGGAAUUUUGUCGAAGGGAACACGCAGAUCCCCGUGUUGAAGAGAGAAUUGCCCAGACAGCUUCGACCGGGUUAUGUUUUUAACAUAGAAGCUGGGAAACAAGCUCUGAGGAACAUAAACUCCCUAUCUUUGUUUUCAAACAUUGAAGUGAACCCACGGCCUGACGAGAAGAAUGAAGGAGGGAUAAUUGUUGAAAUAAAGCUUAAAGAACUAGAACAGAAGACAGCUGAAGUUAACACUGAGUGGAGCAUUGUUCCUGGACGUGGAGGUUAUCCCACUUUGGCUUCACUGCAGCCUGGUGGAACUGUUACAUUUGAACAUAGGAAUCUCAAUGGACUGAAUAGAUCUAUUCUUGGGACAGUAAACACCACCAACUUCUGUAAUCCUCAGGAUGAUCUUGCUUUUAAGCUCGAGUACGUGCAUCCAUAUCUGGAUGGCGUGUACAAUCCACGCAAUCGCACUCUCCGUGUAAGCUGCUUCAACAGCCGAAAACUGAGUCCAGUCUUCACUGGUGGGCCAGGGGCUGAUGAAGUUCCCCCUAUAUGGGUUGAUCGAGCUGGCGUUAAGGCCAAUAUAACAGAGAAUUUCACCCGUCAAAGCAAAUUCACUUAUGGACUUGUAAUGGAAGAGAUAACUACACGCGAUGAACGCAGUCAUAUCUGUUCAAAUGGCCAAAGAGUGUUGCCCAGUGGAGGAGUCAGUGAAGAUGGACCUCCCACAACUCUCAGCGGUACAGGCAUUGACCGUGUGGCAUUUUUACAAUCAAAUAUCACUCGUGAUAACACCAAGUUUGUGAAUGGAGCUAUAGUUGGUCAGAGGAAUGUGUUUCAGGUCGACCAAGGCCUUGGUGUCGGAAGCAAGUUUCCUUUCUUCAACCGUCACCAGCUAACAUUAACAAGAUUUUUCCAGCUGAAGGAAGUCGAGGAAGGUGCUGGUAAACCACCACCACCUGUGCUUGUACUUCAUGGGCACUACGGUGGCUGUGUGGGAGACCUCCCAAGUUAUGAUGCCUUUACCCUUGGGGGUCCAUAUUCUGUGAGGGGUUACAGCAUGGGUGAGAUAGGCGCAGCUAGAAACAUCCUUGAGCUUGCAGCCGAACUACGGAUACCUGUGAAAGGAACACAUGUAUAUGCAUUUGCAGAACAUGGAAAUGAUCUAGGAAGUUCCAAGGAUGUCAAGGGUAACCCAACAGAGGUAUACAGGCGAAUGGGUCAUGGGUCAGCAUAUGGUGUUGGAGUCAAGAUAGGUCUAGUAAGAGCUGAGUAUGCUGUCGAUCAUAACUCCGGCUCAGGUGCAGUAUUCUUCCGAUUCGGUGAGAGAUUUUGA